AUGUUUUCUAUCGCUCUAGUCUAUAAUAGAAGGGACAACGUGGAUAUAUUGACCGCAUACAAUCGUGGUUCUUUUGUAAACCGAACGAGGUAUUUAGUUGGUUCUGGUCCAUCCUCUGUAGCUGUUGGUGAUUUUAACAACGACACUCGACCAGACAUAGUUGUCGCCAACCAAGCUAGUAAUGAUGUGAGCAUCCUUCUUGGCAAUGGGAAUGGCUCGUUUGCAGAUCAAACACGAUAUUCAGUUGGCUUUUAUCCAUUCUCCGUAGCUGUUGGUGAUUUCAAUAACGACACUCGACUAGACAUAGUUGUCGCCAGCGCGCGUACCAAUGAUGUGAGCAUCCUUCUUGGCAAUGGGAAUGGCUCGUUUGCAAAUCAAACACGUUAUUCAGUUGGCUUUUAUCCAUUCUCCGUAGCUGUUGGUGAUUUCAACA